UUCCUCCUGCCCUCGCCCGCUCCAGGCGACCCGCUGAGAGAUGGACUUGGCAGGCGUGCUGCUGGCGUUGCUCCUCGUGCUGGUGCUGGUUGUCUCUCUGCUCUCUAACCUCCUGGUGCUGCUAUGCUUCGUCUACAGUACGGAGAUCCGCAAGCAAGUCGCCGGGGUUUUCCUGGUGAACUUAUCUUUUUGCAACCUGCUCCUUACCGUCCUGAACAUGCCUUUCACUCUGCUGGGGAUCCUGAGGAACCAGCAACCCCUCGGGGGCUGCGUCUGCAAAGCGGUGGGCUUCCUGGAAACUUUCCUUACUUCCAACACGAUGCUGAGCAUGGCAGCGCUCAGCAUCGACAAGUGGAUUGCCGUGGUGUUCCCUUUAAGCUACACCAGCAAGAUGCGGUAUAAGGACGCUGUGAUCCUGAUGGGCUACUCGUGGCUCCACUCCCUCACCUUCCCCUUGGUAUCCUUAUUUUACUCGUGGGUAGAUUACAGCAGCGUUUAUGCCUCUUGCACCUUGCACCUGAAGGAAGAGACGGAGCGGAGAAGGUUUACAGUGUUCACCAUCGUCUUUCAUGCCACCAGUUUCAUGCUAUCGCUGGUGAUCUUGUGUUUCACCUAUUUAAAGGUGUUGAAAGUCGCCCGGUUCCACUGCAAGCGGAUAGACAUUAUUACCAUGCAAACUCUGGUUUUGCUGGUGGACAUCCACCCCAGUGUGAAGCAGCGCUGCCUUAAUGAGCAGAAGCGGAGAAGGCAGCGGGCAACCAAGAAAAUCAGUAUUUUUAUAGGGUCUUUCGUGAUCUGUUUUGGUCCUUACAUUAUCACCAGGUUGAUAGAGCUCCUUCCUUUUAUUACCAUAAACUACUACUGGGGGAUUAUAAGCAAGUGCCUCACCUACAGUAAGGCUGCAUCAGAUCCAUUUGUUUAUUCACUUUUACGUCAACAGUACAAGAAAGUUCUGAUCAACAUUGUCAAUAGGAUACUUAAGAGGGAUCUGUAUCCUUCAUCAGGCUACAACAGCUCUCUCGACACUGAAAAUGAUUACUGCUUGCACAGAACAAACUAACAACUUGACAAUCAUUCCCUCCGAAUAAGAAAGGCAGUUACCGCUGCUGGAAAGUUGCCUUUUUCUUCUCAUGCCGAGUGGACAAGGACAGCGACAGUCUCCAGGGUGUGAAAGCUGCGUUAACGCAACACACUUAAUUGUGGACUUUCAUGAAAGGUUCUUCCGUGGUCUUCAGCCAGCAUGAUAUAUGGCAAAGCCUGUGUCUGAGUGAACGGAGUAGGUCUGAGGGGUUUAGAUGCUUAGAGAGCCUUUAGAGAAGCUUAGAGAGCCUUUAAUGUCUCAUGCAUGAAGAUUUGCUAUUUUACUGAGCAUCCCACAUGGUAUUCAACCAACUUAGAUGAAAGAGUCUGGGACCACGGGAAUCCCCAACUUGGACAGAGAGGUUCAUAGUCCUCUGUGCUACACAUAUACCUUGGCAGCCCUAGGUUUGUGCUGUUAGUUUUGGACAUUAAAAAUAAGUCUUUUCAUGGAUUGUUUGCUGCACAUGUACCCUGGAGGCCCUGGAUUUGCGCUGUUAGUUUUGAACAUUAAAAACAAGUCUUUUAUUUGA